GCAAUCCUAAAUCUCCUCCUAUAAAUAUCGUAUCCGAGAGUGAACAAAAUCGGAUUUUGACCGCUCUCAAAUCUCGGGAGAGAGAGAGAAGAGGACGGGGGGAGAGAGAGAGAGAGAGAGAGAGAGAGAGAGAGAGAGAGAAUGAAGGGAAAAAGUCUCCCUCUGAUCACCUUCGAGCACAAGAGAGAUGCAUAUGGAUUUGCUGUACGACCUCAACACUUGCAGAGAUAUCGAGAGUAUGCAAACAUCUAUAAGGAGGAGGAAGAAGAGAGAUCGGAUAGAUGGACCAGUUUUCUUGAAAGGCAGGCAGUGUCCAAUGAAGAGUGUUCAAUUUCAUUAUCGGGAGAGAUUAAUGGCAAUGAGCAGAAUAAUAGGAUGACCUACGAGGGACCAGUGGGAAAGGAGGUUAAAACCCAUAAGAUUCAGAUAUGGUCUAAGAUUAGGCCCUCCCUCGCUUCCAUUGAACAGAUGAUGAGUUCCCGCGUAAAGAGCAGGAAGGGCUGGAUAAACGACAUUGAGAAUCGAAGAACAAACGGAGCUCAUCUUGCUUCAAUUGAAGAAGCAAAGCAGUCUGAAGACUCUGAUGAUGAGUUCUAUGAUGUGGAAAGAUCAGAUCCAAAUCAAGAAGUGACAUCUGCUGAUAGUACCAAAGCUAGCUCUUCUGGAACUAUGGCUAGUCAAAGUGCGGCCCCUGAACCAUUCUCCCCCUGGAAAGAAGAGUUUGAAUGUUUAGUUCGUGAUGGUUUGCCAAUGGCUUUGAGAGGAGAGCUAUGGCAAGCCUUUGUGGGUAUUGGAACACGAAGAGUGGAAGGGUAUUAUAACAACUUGCUAAACAUGGAAAGCGAUUUUGGCAAUAGCAAGUUUGCUGAAGGUUCCACUCUGGAUGAUGCUAACAAUGGAUCCAAAGUAUUGAACGAGUGUGUGACUGAAAAAUGGAAGGGUCAGAUUGAAAAGGAUUUGCCUAGAACAUUCCCAGGGCAUCCUGCUUUAGAUGAGGAUGGGAGAAAUGCUUUGAGGCGGUUACUUACUGCAUAUGCUCGGCAUAAUCCAUCUGUUGGAUACUGCCAGGCCAUGAAUUUUUUUGCAGGACUAUUACUAUUACUGAUGCCUGAGGAGAAUGCAUUUUGGACUUUAACGGGUAUUAUUGACGAUUAUUUUGAUGGAUACUAUUCUGAGGAAAUGAUCGAAUCUCAGGUGGAUCAACUAGUUUUGGAGGAGUUAGUGCGUGAGCGAUUUCCAAAACUGGUGAAUCAUCUGGAUUACCUAGGUGUGCAGGUAGCAUGGGUCACUGGACCCUGGUUCCUUUCCAUAUUCGUGAAUAUGCUUCCUUGGGAAAGUGUUCUUCGUGUAUGGGAUGUGCUAUUGUUUGAAGGAAACCGGGUCAUGUUAUUUCGUACAGCUCUUGCAUUAAUGGAGUUAUAUGGGCCCGCAUUAGUGACUACAAAGGAUGCUGGAGAUGCAGUUACCUUAUUGCAGUCACUUAGUGGUUCAACUUUUGACAGUAGUCAGCUUGUUUUGACGGCUUGUAUGGGUUAUCAAGCUGUAAAUGAAAAUAGACUGCAGGAUUUAGGGAAUAAGCACAGGCCAGCAGUUUUAGCUGCCAUGGAGGAGAGGUCCAAAGGACUUCGUGCCUGGAGGGACUCCCAGGGUCUUGCUUCAAAGUUUUAUGGUUUCAAAAAUGGCCCAGGUUCUCUACUUACAGAGGCAAACCCAACAGAAGGCUCAGAUGACAGGCACACGAAUGGGAACCCACAUCUAGUGAAGUCUGAUUCUUCAAAAAUAGAGGGUUUUCUCAGUAAGAUAGCGACUGAUGCCGACUCAGCUUCUGAACCUGAUUUGAAAGAACAGGUGACAUGGUUAAAGGUUGAGUUAUGCAGAUUGCUCGAGGAGAAAAGAUCUGCUGUUCUCAGAGCUGAAGAGCUGGAGACAGCACUAAUAGAGAUGGUCAAGCAGGAUAAUAGACGACUUUUGAGUGCCAAGGUGGAGGAAUUAGAGCAAGAGAAGUCAGAAUUGCAACAAGCUCUUAAAGACAAGCAAGAACAAGAGCACGCCAUGCUUCAGAUUUUGAUGCGGGUGGAACAAGAACAGAGAGUAACCGAAGAUGCUCGUAUAUAUGCUGAGCAAGAAGCUGCGGCCCAGAAAAAUUCUGCCCAUGUGUUCCAGGAAAAAUAUGAAGAAGCGAUGUCUUUAUUUGCACAAAUGGAAGAGAGGGCAAUAAUGGCAGAAACUAUGUUGGAAGCUACACUGCAGUAUCAGUCAAGCCAAGUUAAGGCACACUCUCCAAGGACUUCAUCUGCAGGUAAUCACCAUUUAAGGCCCAAUCAGGACCCAUCACAGGAUUUUCCUACAAGGAAAACUGGUUUACUUUUGAGGCCAUUUGCACUUGGCUGGCGUGACAAAAACAAGGGUAAGCCGGGUAACCUUGACGAGUCUGUUGAAGCGAAGAUCUCCAAUGGUGGAGGCCAAGACUUGCAAGCUCCACCUAUCAGAGAUAUGAAUGGGCAUCAAAAUGUUGAGAAAUAGGAGUAUAAUGGUUAUAAAAAGAUUAUUAUCAACUUGCCAGUUUGAUGUAUAUUGUCAUCUCAUAUUGUGCUGUAUCACUUUCUGGCUAAGUUCAGCAGCUCAUGAGAACAAAGAAAAACCUGGGCGCAAUCAGCUGAGCUCGCCUGCUGUACUAUCAAUUUAAAUUGAAGAGAGAAUCUACACCUUAAGCCAUAUUCAUUGUACUUUUUUUGUUAUGUAUAACAAUGUAUUAUGUGAGUUGAUAGUCAAUUGUUUGAUUGGAUUUUAAUAAAUAUUUGGUUCAAGAAGAAGCCAAUAAAAGUUGUUGAGAUCAAUGCUGCCA